AUGCUUGUUCUCGUAUAUAACCUCACAAUCACUAUACCUUUCAGAGCUCCAUUUGUAGUCCUACCGCCUUCGCUUCGCAUCAAUGCCUUAAAUACUAUUAUUGUUUCACCUGUAAAGAUUGAUAGCGAAAAUGCUGAUAUUCACCUCAGUGUAUUAGGAUAUAAAGACAAGAAGAGUUCCAUUAUAUUCACACAAAAGCUCAAAGCAAAAAGAGCGGGUGAGUUUUAUUUCUUUGAAUGCUGAUC